AUGAAAUUUCUAAAGGUUUGUGGUAUUUGUUGCAUUAUUUAUAGAGGCAAAUCAUUAUUAAGCCUUAUAUAUAGGUAACAUUUCUUCACUGUCUCGUAGGCCCCUGAGACGCUCAAGAGUUGCGUCCUUCUUUAAUUUUAUCAUCGACAAAAAUUCCAGAAAGUAGAAAACAAUCUACUUUGAUCCGCGUACUGUCUUGGACAAAAAUGUUGAGAAAAAUGGACGUUACGAUGUCUACUUUCAAGAUAAAGCUCUUGAAAGCACUGUCAACUACAAAUACUCCCCCUUCCUCCCCCAAAACACAAUGUUGAAGUCCGGCUGGAUCAUUUCUGAUCCCGACUAAACAACUUUGACCAGGGUGGGGUGAGAGGAGGGGCCAUAGCGGUACCAAAUCCACGGGAUACACGUUCUGUGGUUAAGAAAGUGCAAAAUUCUCAACACUUGUUGUCCAAGAUUGUAGAGUUACUUAGCGCUUAAAACGUCCGCUUUUCACCCUUUUUAUUGCGGAAAACUCACUCUAACAACUUAUUUCCGAUAAAACCAAACUGUUGUUUCUCACAUCCCAACCGACCCCGCUCUACAGUAGCUUUCGAAACUAUACCCUUUAGACCCUAUUAGCUAAACCAAUAGCUUAGAAAAUGGGAGGGGAGUAGCCUGCGAACGCAGACGUAUUUUCGGCUAAAGCGACGACCGGAAAUACGUCUACGUUUGCUGGCUUGGAGUGGGGGGGGGAAAGUGGAAAAGUGAAAGCCCUGGGAGCCAGGUUAACGUUCCAAGCGUCUGUGUGACUUUCGCGUUUUGCUAAUUUGAGACUUUUGUUCGUUAUUGAAGAUAUCUCCAAUCAGCUGGACAAAAGUGUGGAUCCAUGUAAUGAUUUUUACUCCUACACUUGCGGAGGCUUCUUCAAAAGUCACAAGCUUGGAGCUAAUGAAAGCCAAGUUACAUCUUUUACCAUUGUCGAGAACGACAACUUUAAGGUUUUAAGAAGUGCUCUGCAGAAUUCUUCGUUAAGGUAUCCCCAGGUUGGUGUGUAACUUUCGUCUUGUUGUUGCUGUUGCUUUUAUGUGAGGCUGUAGACAAAAAGUGCAAUAAAACGCUUGUGCACUAUAGGCAGAUUCGUCGAUGUUGCCUGCCUACAGACGUUUUCCCUUUUUCCGAGAGUUCUAAAGCGCGCGAGUUUAUUUUGACAGUUUGACAGCGCGCCAACCAAGCGAGUGCACAAGAGCGAGCGCGAGAAAAAAAAAAAGAAAUCGAUGUUCGUCUAUUUUCUCUUUUCCCCACUACCACCCACUUGAACUUUCGGUUAAUGAAUCCCCUACCGUUUUUUUUCCAUACGCGCACUCGACAAUCUCUAAAGAGAAAAUAGAGAGUUUGUGAACAGGCUAUAGUCGAUCUCCCGUAAUGAACUAUUCUCACCAUGAAACGAAACAGUUGAAGAGCGCCUGAGAGUAUGUUACGAUUGAUUUUACCUAUCGACCGAUCAAGACAGUCCACUCAUGUAGCCGAGCGUACCUCUCUCGAAAGAAGUUCAGUCGUACCACGUUCCUGUCCAUGACCUCGGUAUGCCUGUGCUUCGUCCAAGCCUAGUAAUCCAUCAUGCCAAUUCAAGGACCCGAGUUUGAGCGUCUAAACUGAUACGAGGGACCUUAAGAUCCGCCGAUGGGGCGCCGGCGAAAGAGUCGCUUAAGAAAUGAACUCUCAUUCUUUUAAUAUUCAUCGCGAUUACUUUGUCAAACAUAAAAUAAGGCCGGGUGCACACGAAGGCCUUUUGAAAAGUAUGCGUUUUCGUUGUCACUGAAAACACAUGGAUCGAUUCCCGUCCACACUACCGUUUUAAUGCGAUUUCUACAAGCCUCCCUAAAACUUUCGAAAACGAUAGUAUUGCUCGUUGUGACGUAAGUGAAACUCUAUGCGCAUGCCACAAACAGACGCGCCUGCGUAGUUUACGGUCAUCGUUUUUAUUUUGAUGCGUUUUCGACCGCCCACCCUAAUACGCAUAUAUAUGCGCUUUCGAUGAAAACGCUCUGCGUAUUAGUGCGGAACACAUCGAAAUGUAUGCGUUUUCAAACAAAAACGCAUUGGUGUGAAGAAGGCCUAAGUCUCCUAGAGUUUUUCAUAUUGCUUUUUUGACGUUCUCGUUGCCUUUUGCGUUUCUCUUUGGAAAGCUAAGCUGACUAUGAUCUUACCUACUGUCUUUCUAUUUACUUACAGAGUUUGUCCAUCAAGAAAGCCAUCAAGAUCUACAAUUCCUGCCUUAAUACAACUGCCAUUAACAACCGAGGGAAGGAACCAUUGGUAAAUUUGAUCGAGAAAUACGGAGGAUGGGCCGUGAAUAACAUGAACCGAUCGAACAUUUCAACGGAGGAACUCAUGGGACGAGUUCUGCGGGAACUGAAUGUUCAAACCUUACUGAAGGUUGAAGUUGUCAUAGAUUUGUAUGAUUCCAACAAACACAUUCUU